AUGACAGUUCUGAUGAAUGAAGCAAGUCAAGAACAGGUUCAAUACAUCAACAAUCGAAACUACAACUAUCGUGGAAAUCCUAUGCCAAAUUACUACCAUCCAGGACUUCGAAAUCAUGAGAAUUUUUCUUAUGGAAACACGAAGAAUGUGCUGCAACCUCCUCCAGGGUUUGAUAGUCAACCAAGCGAGAAGAAAAUGUCACUUGAGGAUGCCAUGAUUUCCUUUGUUGAGGAGACCAAAGCAAGGUUUAAAAAGUCUGAUUCACGGUUGGAUAACAUUAAGACUCAUUGUAGCAAUAUGGGUGCCACUAUGAAGAAUCCUGAAGUGCAAAUUGGGCAACUAGCCACAACCAUCAAUGCCCAACAAAGAGGAACUUUUCCAAGCAAUACAGAAGUGAAUCCAAAGGAAAAAUGCAAGGCCAUUACACUUAGGAGUGGAAGAGAAAUCGAAAGGACACCAUCAAAGGAAACCGAGUCCACCCCUACAACUCCAAACAGUGGCCAAAGUAAGAACAAAGUAGAAGAAGAGGAGAUUGCUGAUGAUACACUAAGAGAGACUGACAUGCCUCCAUCAAUUUCAUGCCUUGGAACAAAUGCCAAAUUCCUGAAGGACAUCAUUUCCAAGAAGAGAAGGUUGGACGACUUCGAAACAGUGAAGCUUUCUGAAGAAUGUAGUACCAUUCUACAAAAGAAAUUACCUCAAAAAUUAAAAGAUCCAAGGAGUUUCACUUUGCCUUGCACUAUUGGAAAUUCAUUUUUUGAUAAAGUUUUAUGUGAUCUUGGUGCUAGCAUUUAUCUUAUGCCAUUUUCUGUUUGUAGGAAAUUGGGACUUGGAGAGAUGAAACAAACAACCAUUUCUUUGAAACUAGCAGGCCAAUCCAUCAAAUAUUCACGUGGAAUCAUAGAAGAUGUAUUGGUAAAGGUGGAUAAAUUUAUUUUUCAUGUUGAUUUUGUGGUAUUAGAUAUGGAGGAAGACCAAGAAGUACCACUAAUUCUUGGCCGACCAUUCUUGGCUAUAGGGAAGGCUUUAAUUGAUGUUCAAAAGGGUGAGUUGAUAUUGAGAGUGAACAAGGAAGAGGUUAUGUUCAACAUCUACCAAGCCAUGAGAUUUCCUAAAGAUCCAAGCACUUGCUUUCGGGUAGAUGUCCUUUUAAGAAGAUGUGCCAGCAGAUCACCUAGAACGAUGUAUCACCACUUCAUCUCAUGCUCAUGA